GAUUGUAUGUUACAGUCAUUAUCAUCGCAUUUUUUAGAUGACACAAACACAUGGCGAUCAAUAUGUGGUGACUCUGACGUUGACAAUAAGUGUCAUUACAUUUGCCGAACAGGGAGUCUACGAUGUGGUCAACAAUAUCGGUUCACUGCCGGCCCGACUAGUCUUCCAGCAGAUCGAAGAGUCGGGUUAUGUAUUGUUUUCGCAGAAAUUGGACCGACAAAAGGCGGCCAACGAUUGGUCGGCAACGUAGGACUGGCCAGUGGUCUACUUCAGUGGCACUCUAUCUAUGUUUUGUUCAUAGCUGUCAACGGUAUUGCCGAUUGUUUUACAUUUGCCUCAAUGAACAGCCGACAAAUGGAUUCAUUCAAUCGUCAAAUGAUUAGCAUAUCUGUGAUAUUCCUCGUCAGCUCAUACUUGACGACCAAUUGGUUCGGUAGUUACGGCUUUAUUAUUGCCAACUGUCUCAAUAUGGGCUCACGUAUUGUCAUCAGUGUAAAUUUUAUUAAAUCCUAUUACGGAAACACCAAAGCAGACGUCCCCAUCAAUGGAUCCAUUCCUCAUCCGAUGGUUUUGGUCUCAUUUUUGUUGACAUUUAUCAUACUUUUUGUAGUUAAGGUUUGA